AUGACUGAUUACUAUGAGCCUACAAUGCUCUUCAGGCAGAACGCUAUCAGGCGGUACAACAAAGAAGUCGAUUCUUUAUCUGACACAUCGACCAAAAUUGCUCAUAAUAGUAUAGCCUCUUGGCUCUUGAACUAUAACAGUGACAAAGACAAGGAGGUCACCAACAGGUCCUGUUCAUUAAAUAAUCUAAAUUUUAGAUCGAGCUAUUGGAGAAUACCCGACAGCAAUAUGAACCUUACCUCGAUGGAUGUCAGUAGUAAUACGACAGACAUCACUAGUCUUGCGAUUGCAAGUGGAAAUGAGAGUUCCAAUUUAUUUUUGUAUGAUUUGAAUCUUCAGGAUACUUAUUUGUCUCACAAAAGUACUAUUACUUUGCCUCAUAUUUAUAGCCUCAAGUGGGUCCCUAAAGCACCUGGAUUAAUUAUAACGGGAAACAGUAAAGGCUAUGCUCAUUUGGUUUCAGUUCCAACCAGCGAAGACCCCGACGAUCAAGCGGAAAUAUAUAAAAGAUUUAAUCAUAGAAAGCAUUUAAAAUCUAUUAACAAAAGCUCAUCAAUUGAGCAGCAUGGUUCUACUGCUAUAAAGAGUUUGAACUUCGUGGGUGAAAACUUAAUGUCGGUUUACGAUAAUAAUUUGUUCUUAUGGGAUCUUAACGGAUUAGAUACACAAUUGAGACCACGCCCGGCCUCCAUUGCUUCAAUUUACGGCUUGUCAAACGUUGACACUAUUCCAAAUACUGACAAGUUUGUUGGGAUAUGUGGAAAAUUUGGAGUUUCGCUUUUUGACUUGAGAGAGCCGAAGUUCAGUGUUCCCUCAGCAAUUAUUAGAAACGCAACUAAACUCAGGCUAGGAUCACCUUUAAUAAAGUGGAACCCGGAAGAUGAGAAUGUUUGCGCUGCAGCCCAUAACGAUGGCGUAGUCAGAUUAUGGGACGUAAGGAAGCAGGACCACUUUGCUACAUUACAUGGAUAUCCAGAUAAGGUAUGUAAGAUGGAGUGGAUGAACGGUGAUUUAUUCACUGGAGGGAGACACGGAAAUAUUAUUCACUGGAAUAUUGCUUCAAUAGAUAACACAGCAAUGGAGCUGACUGAAUGCGGCUUGAAUCAAGGUUUUCAAAGUGUGAAUUUCAACCCUAUCACAAAUUCGUUAGAGAGCAUAAAAAACCAAAGACAAUGUGGAACAUUGCUUCCAGCCUCUAAUUGCAGUAUUACAGGGAUGUGCUCUAUUAAUGCAGAGGGUUCAGAUAAACCACAAGUUCUUUCGAUUGAUAGCUCGGCACUUUUUGGCGUUCAUUCUCGUAUUUGCGAAACUAUUAACGUCGAAGACAUAUGUCAUGGAAAUAUUUACUAUAGCAAAGAAAACCUUGAUCUUCUCGCUGCCUCAGAACAAACAUCCAAUACUACGUUGGUUAAUUCGUCUUCGGAAACGAUCAAUUUACCAAUCGAACCGCUUGCUAUAUCACAUGCCAAACAUGAAGAUUUUUCAUGUGAUGAGGCCUCCGAAACAUCAGUUAUAGAAGAAAAGGAUAGUAUAUCUGAGGAAGAAUCAUUUGUGUUCGAAAUGCCAGACAUGUUUGCAAUAGAACAUGAAAAUUUUUCAGGUAUUUCACUUGUUGAUUCUAUCCAUGAUUCUUCUUCUGAUGCCUUCAAUGACUCCAUGGAAUCAUUAUCAACAAACCCCACAAUAUUUGAUGACAAUAAUGACGUUGAACUUCCAGCGUCUCCAAAGAUACGCCUUCAUCAACCUCUUCCGAGCUUAUCUCUGGCCUUGGACUUCAACUUCGCAAUGAACUUCGAGAAUUCCGUCUUCUAG